AGAUUAGAGAUUACUGUCACGCCAGUAAAGUAAGCGCUAGCAGUAGUAGUAGGAAGUAGGCCUACACAGCCCGCAUCAGAACACCAGGUCCUUUAUACACCAUUCGGCUGCGUUAUGUGAUAUGUGACAUUCGAACAUCCUUGACCUCGCUGGGCGUUGAAAUAAGUGUUAUACAUAGGUGCUUGUAAUAGGGACGGUUUGCCCCAUGUGUAAAUUUGUGCUUGUCAGUCGCAAUGGGCCUACAGUUCGACCAUUCGCGAUGUUCGUUAUUGGUUAACUUCAAGUAGGCAGCUUUGUGACUACCUCGAUCGGUGAGAAUAAUUAAUUUAGUUAUACAUUACUUCAUACGUUUAAUAUCAUUUAACUUAUUAUAUAAAUUAUAUUCCUAUAAAUUUGAAUAUUCUGACGAAUGUCGUCCCCAGUACGUUGAUCCCCAAAUCAUCUCUCUGUGUCAUUGAAAGAUCGUAUUAGACCCACGAUAGUGUGAGACCACGAUAUUUUCAAACUUUACAAGUAAACGUAACUUGCAUGUGACACGGAAAUUUUAAUUAGCAAUCAAUGAUUUUUUUUUACGAAUCAGCUCUACUAAACAAUGAGUGACACUAGUUUUUUAUUAAUUUUUGGGGGGCAAAUCUGUCAGUAUCGGUACUAUCACUGUUUUGGAGUUCGAAAUAGUGGGGAAAAGAAAGGUUUGAGCUUGAAAUUUAUUUAUUUAUUUAUGCAUUUUUAUAUAGCGCUUACCUUAAAGCUCUAAGCGCUUUACAAUUAUUAAAAACAUGUAAACUAAGUCAAAUAAAAAUGAGACACUAGGAUAGUAACUACUAUACUAUAGAAACAAUUAAAAUGGCUAUACUACGAGGACACUUUGGCACGUUUUGGCCUAUACUACAGGAUCAACCCGAGACAGAAAAUGAGGCAGGGCAAGGAGGGUGCAUCACAGGUCAUAGGCGGACCUAAACAGAUGGGUUUUAAGGUUUUAAUUAACAAAACAAAAGCACACAAAAAAAAAAAAAAAAUCAAUAGAAAGAAAGAAUAAAAUGUCUAGAAAAUUGAGGAACCUUAAAAGAAUUGGGAUAUUCGAAAAAAAAAGUUUUUAUUUCUAUUUUUAAUUUUAAGUACGGUAUCCGUUGUUUCUUGUUUUGUAUUGUCUGCUGAAGAAGGCAAAUAGCCGAAACGUCAGUUAUCUGUCUCUUCUUUUCAGUUCAAGCCAAUAUAUGUCUUGUUCCACUAUUUAUUUACUCUUCCCCCCCCCCCACCUCGCUUGAACGCAUCUCUCGUACUCAUAACAUGUAUUAUCAGGAAUUUAAAACUUCAUUUUCCCUCUGCCUCUUUCAUAAAUAUUUAACAAAAAUAAUCAUCAGAAGUGUCUGUCCUUGGUGAUUAAGGAGAAUUCAUAUGUCACGUCUUUCUGUUUAGUUUUCAAAAAAAUUUCGACAGCAUUUUAACAAGAAUGAUAACUGCUUUGAAUUGUUUCAAUGUUAUUUGUUUAAUUGCUUAUCUUGCUUGGAUGGGGAAGACCUUUAGUUCUAAAAAUAGCACAAUGGUGUGUUGUCAAGUUGUGCGGAAGUCGCCAUUAUCCAGCCAAGGGAGGCGAUGUUAAUGUUCCACCUUCACGAUCGUCAAUAAAAAUGACAUCACUACCAACAGUUUGGUAAUAUAUCCCUCAUGAUGAUUCCAUUUUUUGGUCUAUUGACUUGUCAAUCAAAAAUGUCAGUACAAAUAAUGUUUUUUUUUUCUGUAACUGUAACCUUAUGCUUGUUAGUUACUUGGAGAAGUAGAUACAUUAUUUGCCAUCCUCAUUGUCAAUCAUCAUCGUAUCAAAAAUAUUAAAUACUAAACUAAAUAGUAAAUAGUGAUACUAAUCAUACCAAUGAAAGAAAAAUAAUUAAAUGGGCUAAGUCUUGGCAGCUUUCAAGCUAAGGCUAAGAUAUUUGAUUUCUUGUUUGGCCAAUCCCAACCAGUCAUUGCGUCACGGAUUAAUCACUGAUGAUUGAUAGCGGGAAUGACUUUCCCCAUAUUUAAUAGAAAGAGUCACCACCAGGAGGAAGACUUGUUGCGUUAUUUGAAUGACCAAUCUUCUAUUAAUUAAGAAUCUAUUGUUUGUGUUUAUUUGUACUAGUAAUUUUUGUGCUACACACUAAGACUACAGCCCAGAAUACACUUAGGGAAUGACAAAAAGUGUUCCAGCUUCCAGAUCCUGAUUGUGUAGUUUGUCUAUGUCUAUGUAACUAUGUAUUAUGUAUUUUUAUUUGAUAUCACCAGUUUGCCAAAUGUUAGGACUAGGAUAUUUUUGAAUUACAAAAUUGUUAGAUUGAGGAUUUAUGACUAGGUCUAGUGUAAGUUAGCCUAGGUAUAUAUAAUAAUAAUAUACUCUAUAUCAUUAUCAUUUAAAGCCCUUACAUAACCAUACAUGCCAAUCUGCAUGGUUUACCCAUGCUUUGUACAGUUUUUAUAGGUUCUCCAAGAGGUAUGGCUGUACAGGGUAUUGUUUUCUUUUUCAUGGGUUGAGAAAAUAAAUAUUUUUGCACAUGACACAACCUGUGGUGCUUUAAAUUCAGUGAUGGACAACAAGAAGCUUAAAUCAUUUUAAUUUGUUCAAAAGGGCUAUUUUAAGUAUUAAGGAUCAUAAGCCAUGCAAAUUUAAAAACAGAAUGGUUUCAUUGAUAUCAUUCAUUUAUAUUAAUACUAAAACAGAGAAGCAUGAUAGUACCAUAACUACUUUGAGAAAUAAACCAUAAUUACAAAUUUGUUUGUGUAUUUCUUAACAAGAAUUUCUUUUAAAAUUAAAUAGUUAGACAUAUUUAAUUUUAAUAUUACUAUCAAUCAAUGACCAGCAUUAUUAAUUUAUCCUAUGUAUAGGAACAGUAAAAAAAUUCAAAAUUUGAAAAAAAAUGGGACUUAAAACAAUCUAUUUUUAUUUAAAAGAUGUGAUCUAUCCUUUAUAACUGAUGUUAACGUGCUAAAAUGUGUGCGCAGUGUUGGGGAGAUGAUUAAUUUUUUUAUUCAUACAUUCAAAGUCCUACAUGGGCUAUAGUGCCACAGGGAUGAAUGAAUUCAAAACAAUGAUAUAAAGUUUUAAAUUAGACAUUUUGAACUUUUUAUUUUUUUGGUAGUUUUUCAUGCUGUUGUACAAUUUAUUAGGACUUUUUUUUCUCCAGUUUUUUUUUAUCCCACAGGUUGGGACAUAAUAUGACAUGACAAAAAAUGUUUCUUUAAUUUUUGUUUGUCACCAAUCAUUGAAUAAAGUCAAUAUUAAUACUGAAGUGGCUCAGUAAGUAAGAGGGCUUUAAUUAUAUAGCCAGAAUAGUUUUAAAUUUAAAGUAAUAAAUAUUCUAAAAAAUUAUAGCUCACUAAGUGAAAGCCUUUUUUAACAAAAAUUUAGACUUAUUAGCUAUCUAAAUUCUAAUACCAUCUUAUCUUAACAUGUUAAAGUUUAGCUAGAAGAAAAGGAGAAAUUAAGUAGCCUAGGAUUGGCCCUAGGUUUUUUGUUCUGUGUUUAAAUUGUUGUUUUGUAGAGGUAUUAAUUUAUCAAAUAUCUAAUUCAAUUAAUUGGGCUCAAGUGGCCUAUUGGGCUAAAAAAAAUAAUUUUUCAAUAGCCCAAUAGCUCUUACAGUUAAUUUAUUUUGCAAGUGUUAGUAGGACUACAGGUUUUUUGUGACAUUUCAAUAAUUGUUAUGAGGCAAAGAGGUAAUACUCAAUUACUUCAUUCUGAGAAGAGACACUACAAUGCUAUUUAUUUACUUCAUGUCACUGUAAUUGCUAACUUAUUGAAUAAACAAGGCUUGAGAAUUAGUAUUAAGAUCCACAUAUUUUUAAUUCUAACUGCCCUUUUUUAAAUUAUGGGCCAUAAAUCAAUGAUAUCACACAUCUUUAAAGGUGGGAGGGGGUGCUAGGGGGGAAGAGGACGGUCACAAAUUUAUGUUUAUGUGUUAAGGGGAGUGGGUCAAAAUUUUUUGACAAUUUUGUAAUUAUUGGGGGAGAUAUCGCCUAGAAAUGUGUUAUGUCACUUGUCUUUACUGAUUGGCUAUUAGUGCCUGAUAUCUUCAUAGAACCAUUUGUGCACUUGUCACAAAACUGCACCAACCAAAACAACUCAUGUCAAUAGCCCUGGGCACCAACUCACAUGAGCCUUCUUAAACGUUUAGAGAUCAUAUUGCACCCCUUAGAAAACAUCAAUCAUUGGAGUGCCAUACAAAGUGAGCCACUUCAUUGAAAAAAAGCAAUCUCAUGCACAUAUUAAGUUAACUGUGAAUUGAUUUUUAAAAGUCUUUUUUAACCUUUAUUUCAUUAAUUGCAAAAUUGGGAUAGAUCAUCAGUUGCAACAAUGAGAAUAAGAACCUUGCUAUUUGUAUAUGUGGUAGUAAAUAUGUAUAUACUAUACUGUUUACACCCUCUACUAGGAAUCUUGGUUAUAUUAUUUUUAACAACAUGUCUUUCGAUAAACAUAUCUCUCACAUUUGUCGUUCAGCAUACACCGCUAUCCGUCAGUCAGAUCAGUUCCAUCCGCCACUACCUCACAGUUAGCGCUACAAAAACUCUAGUCUGUGCUCUUGUUCUCUCUCAACUUGACUAUUGCAACUCUCUUCUGUCAGGUUAACCAAAAAACUUCAUAGAAAAACUGCAGAAAGUUCAAAACUCAGCUGCUAGGCUAGUUCUAAAGGCAAAAAAAGUGAUCACGUUACUCCAUUACUCCACUCACUUCAUUGGCUCCCUAUACAGGCACACAUUGACUACAAGCUGUGUGUUCUCUGUCACAACUUUUUCUCGGAUUCCUGCCCUUUCUAUCUAACCGAACUUCUUUCUCUCUAUUCACCUCUUCAACAGCUUCGCUCCUCCGCAGACAAGCAUGUUCUGUCCAUUCCCAAGACAAACACUAAAACAUAUGGUGAACGAUCUUUCUCUUUCUGCGCCCCCAAACAAUGGAAUUCUUUGCCACUACACAUCCGCAAUAUACUAACCACCCAGGCCCUCAAAACUGUACUCAAAACACAUCUCUUUAAUCUAUACUACCCUGACUGAUUUCCCUCCUCUGACCGAUAAAUGAUCUUGUUGGCUGCCGUCCAUGGUUUGCCUUGUAAAAGUCAUGGGGUUCAUGCUGUUCUUUAUUUCAAAAUUGUAUAUGAUUUUAAUGUCAUGAUUAUGUCUCUUUUGAUAAUAUUUUUAUGUACAGCGCGGUGAGCUGUAAAAGACCACUAAUUAUUAUUAUAUUGUAGAAGUAUUUUGUAGUGUCACUUUCAUUGUUAAAAAUUGUAAGAGGGUAAACUGCGAUCAAGUUUUACAAUAGGAAAUUAGAAACACAUGUUGGGGAAAGCCUGAAAAAAAAAGAGAGUAUCACCAGUUCACAUUUUUCUCCUGACCUACCAGGCAUGUAAUAAGUUCAUUUUAUUGUAUUUAGAGAGCUGAAGAAUGCUUUGAGCAGGCAGGUUGGUUGUUUUGUUUACUCUCUCUCUUUUUUUUCAGGAUUUCUCUUACGGUGUGUUUUUGUUUAAUCAGCGAUUACACUGCCCGUUGGUUGCUGUUUACUAGCACAGUUGUGCUGCUGAUAAUCCUACCAACUCUAAUGAAAUUGCAGGCUCUAAAAUAUUUUAUGUGUAUUAGAUGUUAUUAAUUCAUUUUGUUCUGAUAAUGAAUCUGAGUAAUUUUUUUUUUUUUUGGAUAAUUAAAAUUAAGCCACUGAUAUUAAAAAAAUAAAAUGCUAAUCUAUGCAUUACUGGCACCUUCUACAACAGCUCCUACUAGUACUACAAUCUCUAAAGUAGUGUUAUAAGAAAGAUACAUGAAAAUUUAAUGUAUAACAUUCUCAAAAUGUAUAUAACUAUUCAUGAUCUCUAGGAAAAAAGUUAAAGAAAAGGAAAGAUAAAGCUAUUUAGGUUAUAACUGUUAUGCUAUCAAUGGUGCCUUAGCAACACCACAGAAGUGCAUUGUUUGGUUAAUGCUUAGAAUUAUAUAAGGCAGUUGAUCAUGCAAAAGAUGAGGUGGAUGGAUAGAAUUGUAUAACAGAGUUGUGCGCGUAAAAGAUAAGAGUUAAAUGCUAAAAAACAACUAAUGUGUUUUUAUCAAGUCAAUGAAAAAUAAAAGAUUAUCUUUUUGUAAAAAAAACCAAAGCUUUCAGACAAUUUUAGACAUGGAUCCUUUAUUGACACAGACUAACUUCUGACAUGUCUCAUUUAUUGACACAGACCAACUUCUGACAUGGAUCAUUUAUUGACACAGACCAACUUCUGACAUGGAUCAUAUAUUGGCAGGGACCAGUAAAUAUCCAUCUGUUGACAGUGCUGAUUUAUUUAUUUUUGAUCACUUUAUUAAACAAAGUGGUAACAAAAUGAUUAAUAACAUAACAGAAAGCAGUAACCUCUAGGCACCAUAAAAGUUAAAGAAAGAUAGCACAGCAGUAACCUCUAGGCACCAUAAAAGAAAGAUUGCACAGCAGUAACCUCUAGGCACCAUAAAAGAAAGAUAGCACAGCAGUAACCUCUAGGCAUCAUAAUAGAAAGAUAGCACAGCAGUAACCUCUAGGAACCAUAAAAGAAAGAUAGUACAGCAGUAACCUCUAGGCACCAUAAAAGAAAGAUGGCACAGCAGUAACCUCUAGGAACCAUAAAAGAAAGAUAGCACUGCAGUAUUCCUCUAGGUAACAACACACAUGGCCUUCAACAAAGCAUUGACCACUUACCUUAAACUGAAACACACAUCAUCAUUGACCAUCAGAACAAAUCUUGCAACACAUCAAACAAACAACAGCAACAAAAAAAACCCAUUAAAUUUCUCUAAGGUGACCCACCACCUUUCCACCAAUUGGACUCAUUCUGAAGCCAUUAAACAUGUUCAUGCUCUCUUGAUGACCUGAUCUCUGUGCACAUUGAUUGACACCUCGUCAUCUAUUUUAGGAUCAAAUGAAUGUGCACAAUUGAGCCGCAUACAUUCAAAUGUACAGCAGCAACACUAAAAUAUUCAAUCAUGGAUAAGUUUAGUUUAUAAUUCUUUUAUCCUGUGGCCACCAACUUUGCUAAAUGUUUUAGUGCAAUUUAUAAGCAUUAUCAGUAUUUGAGCGUUUACCAUAUUUAUAUUUACAGCGUCACUCCAAGAUAAAUUGAAGUCCGCAGUGUGAUUCAAAUAGUGCGCUUUUCAUAAAAAGGAACUUACCCAUUGUAUUCUGUUACCAGCGAUCAUGCAUUUCAUUACAGCAUUUUAGAAAUGAAAUUAAAGUAGAGGCACAUUGACAGAUUUCCCUGAUUGAAUCCCCAUGUCUAACAAACUAAGCAGAGACAGUGCCCUGUUUAUUCAAGUAUAACUUCUCAUUUCUUCACUAUCAAACGUUUAGCUUAUAAUUACUGAUUUUUUUUCAUCUUUAAAAAAAUUUUUUUUUACAAAUGCCAUUCAACUCUUUGUUUUUUUAUGUUUUUAAAGUAACUUUCUUCCUUACCUAGGACCAAAGCACCAAUCAUUCCAUGUGGAAUAACAUCAGAUAUGAGGGGGCAGUUUUGUCACCACUGACAUCUUUUAAAACAAGUGCGAUGGAGGAACAGGGUGGUCAAGCCGCCGAUGUAAAGGACUCGUACGAGCUCUAUGAUUCUCAGAAGAGAAAUGAUCACCUUUUCGAGGGCACCAUGAAUGGCACUGGUGCACCUGGCAGUCCAGGAUCUAUCAUGGAUUAUAAACAGGUAAAAACGCCUACACUAUGCUUUGGUUUUGAGUUGGUCCUAUUGGUAUGUGUUGGCAUUUUUAGCAUAUGAUUUACUGUAAGAAGGUUAUUUCAUUUAAAAUUGUUUUGUGUUGUCCAUAUCAACCAACAGGCUGUGUAACCAGAGAUGGCUCUGUUGGAAUAUGUUGGAAAGUCAAUGUUAUCGCAAUCAUGCUAAUGAGUUCUGCCCUGGGUCAACUGGUGUCAACUGGUUGGGGGGGGGGGGGGAGGGGGGUUCAGGAACUCAACCAACAGGCUUUGUAACCAGAAAUGGCUCUGUUGGAAUAUGGUGGAAAGUCAAUGUUAUCGCAAUCAUGGUAAUGAGUUCUGCCCUGGGGCAACUGGUGUCAACUGGUUGGGGGGGGGGGGGCAGGAGGAUUCAGGAACUAGGAAGUGUGUUGAUUUGUCAGUUACCAAAAAUAGAUGAACUUUCAAAUACCACCAUCCCCAGAGUUACCCUAGUUUAUUCAUCAAGAUGCUUUAAUUUGUUAAAUUUAAGGAACAAUUUCUCCAAAACGAGGAGGGGUGGGGGGAUCGUGAUGAGAAGGAGGUAGUAUGAAAAACUAGAUCGCGUGCUCAUGCUUUUUUUCUGAUGCUUUACUAUUUCGGCAAGCAUUUAUUUCAUGUACCCUAUUCUCUUACAGCUUGUCAACAGCCUGCAGAAAGAGCUGGAGGACAGAAGGAAAAGAGAGGCAGAACUUCAGCAAUUUAUCAACUCAUUAAAGAGCUCUCCUGGUCUGUCUGAUUCUCAGUACAUGCAAAUAGAAGGUGGGUGCAAUCAGUCGGUUAUGUUACUGGGUAUUAAACUUUGAAGCUCAGUUUGAUCGUCUUCCCUUUGUAUCAUGACAAGUACAAUAAGGGUGUAUUCCAAGUAAUGGUCUCCCUUCUGUACCAUAAGAAGCUGGAUCAUCAUGUACCGCCGCUGAGGUUCUAUAAAAUGGAAGUUGAUGGAGACACUGGUUUGUUUAUUUUACAGCAAGCUGUAAGAAAGAAAAUGAUCAUUAAUUCUUUCUUUUAUGUCAUUGUCUUGGAAGUUUAACAAAACUCUUCACGUGUGUUGAACAUGGGGAAAAUCAUUUCCUAGGCUUAAAAAUAGAUAGAAAGAAAAAGAUCGAUGGUCUAAAAUUCUAGGACAUAUUCUCUCAGUGUUUGUAUUUUUCUUUAUUACCAUGAUGUUGCAGCAGAGUUAAAAAUAUGAUAUAAACAAAUAAGAGAUAAUUUAUGAUCCCAAGACCAAAUAUAAAUUGAAAAAACCAUCUUGGAUAGCAUAAAAUGUUUACAAGGCAUUCAAUUUAUCAUGAGCAUAAUAAAGGGGCCCCACAGUUUGUUUGUUUUUUUUUAAAUGAAUCCCACUUCAGACUAUGGCUCGUUACAAUUGUUGUCUCUUCUUGUCAAACAUUUUCCACAGCAAUACUCUUGGUGACUAGGUUAAUGAGGUUUGUUGAGCUUUUGAGCCAAACCCUAGUUAUGUACGUGCUGUUUCUCUAUUAACCUUGACUGCAUCUUAUGUAUGUGCAUGUUUAUCCCUACCUUACCUAACCUUAUCUCUACCUUACCUUAUCCCUACCUUACCUUAGCCUGUCCCUACUUUACCUUACCUUAUCCCUACCUUACCUACUUCUUACCUUACCUUAUGGUGCAAUGAAGAUUUUCUCCAGCUGAAUGUCUCAAAAACAAAGGAAAUGGUUGUUGAUUUCAGAAGGGGGAAACACCAGAUUACAGAUCUCAAAAUAAAAAAUCAAAGUGUAGAGAAAGUGGAGGCAUAUAAGUACUUAGGUGUCACCAUUAAUAAUAAGCUAGCAAGGCAUGAGCACUGCCAAAUUCUUUAUAAGAAAUUCAACCAAAGACUGUUCUACCUCAAAAAAAUGUACAAUUUCGGCGUAAACAAGCAAGUGGUUAACUUAUUCUAAAGUGCAACAAUUGAAAGCCUACUUAAUUUCAGUAUUAUCUGCUGAUGUGGGAAUUCAACGUCUGAUAUUAAACACCGCAUAAACCGACUAAUCAAGAAAGCUAGGGACAUAACACAAACUAAACAUCCUUCACUUGAAGAACUCUUUGAAGAAAGAUGUUUUUGUCUUCUUCUUCUAUAUUUUGAGGGCCCACGAUCCAUGAUGGAUUGAUCAUUCUGGCUCCUAUGUUUCAGAGGGGUUCACGAUGUUACUGUGCGUGAUUUUCAAGGGGAUACUUCACUGGUUGCAGGGCUACUCAGCAAGGGUUUUAUGAACUGGGUUUGUAAGACAGGAGGCAAAAGCUGCAAAUGUGUCAAGUGUAGUCGCCUCGACUGUUGCUUUUGUAAGCUUGUUCGAGUCCUUUAUUGUCUUUGGGAAAAAUGAGGAGCUCCUGUACUGAGUUCUGGAUUUUGUUAGCUGAAACUCCCUGUCGCGGCCUCGUCGCUGUCUAGAGGGGAGAUGGACAAGUUUCUGUUGAUGCUGGAGCAGUGGACCAGCCCAUUUUUGAUCUUGUACAGCAUGGUGAAACUAAACACAUUUUGGAUGAUACAUCUCACCCUCUUGAUCACAGAAAACUUAGGAUCGGGACGUUCGGGACGAAUUCUUUCCAUCAGGGCGAGGACUGAAAGAUAUAAAAAUUCUUUUGUUCCCCAAUCUGUACAAAUUUACCAGCGUGGUCCCUCUGAAGUCCCACAUCUUAAUGAGAACUAAUAAGUCCCCGAUUUGGCUAAGAGAACUCACUGAAUGGCUGUUUGAAAUAAUUUAUUAUAAAUAUCUUGUGUUCAAAUUGUUUUAUUUAUGUGCUGAAAAUGUAUAAUGCAAUCAUAAAACAUUUCCAUUUGUUUGGAUAAUAAAAGAAUCUUAUCUUAUCUCUAACAGGCUCCCAGACCAAUGACAGCUUAGGUGAGAACGUCAAAGACGCCCACAUCAAAUAUCUCCAGAGGCAGGUUACUGUGCUGCAGGCCAACAUGUACAAAAGUGAGCAGUGGUCAUCAAGGUGAGCUGAGUCUUCAUGGUAUAGUUAGGAGGGGAUAUCAUCAUGGGUCAGUCCUGAUAGCUCACCCUCGAAUAUUUACUUAGGGGAUAUCGUGAUGGGUCAGUCCUGAUAGCUCACCUCCAAUAGUUACAAGGGGAUAUUGUGAUGGGUCAGUCCUGAUAGCUCACCUCCAAUAGCUACUAGGGGAUAUUGUGAUGGGUCAGUCCUGAUAGCUCACCUCCAAUAGUUACAAGGGGAUAUCAUGAUGGGUCAGUCCUGAUAGCUCACCUCCAAUAGUUACAAGGGGAUAUCAUGAUGGGUCAGUCCUGAUAAUGAUGGGUCAGUCCUGAUAGCUCACCUCCAAUAGUUACAAGGGGAUAUCAUGAUGGGUCAGUCCUGAUAUUGUGAUGGGUCAGUCCUGAUAGCUCACCUCCAAUAGCUACUAAGGGAUAUCGUGAUGGGUCAGUCCUGAUAGCUCACCUCCAAUAGCUACUAGGGGAUAUCGUGAUGGGUCAGUCCUGAUAGCUCACCUCCAAUAGUUACAAGGGGAUAUUGUGAUGGGUCAAUCCUGAUAGCUAACUUCCAAUAGUUACAAGGGGAUAUCAUGAUGGGUCAAUCCUGAUACCCCCCAUAGUUACUAGUAGAUUUAUUAAUGGGUCAGUCCUGUUAUCACCUAUAGUUUUUAGGGAUGUGUUGAUGGGUCAGUCCUGAUAUCACCCAUACUUACUUACAGAUGUAUUGAUGGGUCAGUCCUGUUAUCACCUAUAGUUUUUAGGGAUGUGUUGAUGGGUCAGUCCUGUUACCACCCCUGGCUACUAGUGUAUGUCUUCUCAAAUACCAGUACUUUUAUUAUUUUUUAAAUUUUUCACAACAUCCCCAAUUUAGGCCUCACACCUAUUUAAAGACUUAAAUUUGGUACCAAAUAAAUUGUGGCCUAUACUUCUAACAGUAUUGUGUGUAGUGGACCUAGCAUUCAGAAAGAAAACAUUUUUCCGCACAUCCUUCAAGGUUUUGUUUCCAAAAAGGAAUUACUCUGCUUUUGUAAGGCAUCGUUUGCCUUAGUGUUUGACUUUGAGGUAAAACAAUGAAAUGAUCCCUAUUAAAUUUUUAGGUGGACACCAUUUUCUAUUUUACCAUUAACAAAUAUUUUACCUUUAAAAUACAAGGUGUAUUCAACACACCACAAAUAUAUUUUUUUAAUUCUCCAGACUUGGAAAUGAGAAGCAUAAGUCUUAAGAUCUUUCAAUACUACCAAAAAGAAUCAAAUUUAACAAUAAUACUGAUGAAAUGUUUCAAGGGGAGAAUAUUAUGAUUUAAAACGUCUGUGGCUAUUUAUAAACAUAUAGAUGAAAUGCUAUAACAUUUUUAUCACAAUUUCCCAAAAAGUCUGGAAAAACAAAUUUGGUUAUGACAUUCAUUUUAAACUUACACUGCCUCAAAACCUGCAAAAGAAUCCCCAAGCAGUAAGCAGGUGGUCCAUUAGCACACAGUUGAAUCCCCAGGCAAUAAGUGGAUGGUCCCAUAGCACACAGAAUGGCCCCCAUUUCCCACCUUGUUCCGCAGGGAUGCACUAAUGGCCGACAUUUGUCUCCAGGUUCAUGAUUGCAACCAAAGAAAAGGAUGAGGCACUGGAUGAGCUGGCAGCACUGAAACAUGAAAUGAAAGCACUGCAAGAUGACAACACACUCCUCCAGACAAAGCUCGAGGCUCUCAACGGCUCUUACCUGGAAGCCCAGAAGAGGCACCAGCAGAGCAUCAUGGAGCUUGACAACCUGCGCAGAACAAACUGUCGGGCCGUUGAGCUGGUGGAGGAGCUGAGUAAAUACAAGGCUGAGAACUGUACUUUGAAGGUGAGAACUAUACAUUGAUGGUGAGAAAUAUACUUUGAUGGUGAUAACUAUGCUUUGAAGGUGACAACUAUACUUUGAAGGUGAGAACUAUACAAUGAAGUUGAGAACUAUACAUUGAAGGUGAGAGCUAUACAUUGAAGGUGAGAACUAUACAUUGAAGGUGAGAACUGUAAAUUGAAGUUGAGAACUGUAAAUUGAAGUUGAGAACUAUACAUUGAAGUUGAGAACUAUACAUUGAAGUUGAGAACUGUACAUUGAAGGUGAGGUGUGAGACCAGUGUAUUUCAGUCCUGUUAAGGGUCAUGUUCAAACAGACAGUCAACUUCUUAAACACAAAAAACAAUCAGCAUAAUGCAGUACACGUGGACUGAUUGAACAAAAAAAUAUUUUCUCAUAAAAUGUUGAUGCUUUCAAACACCCCAUUAAAACUGUAAAUCCCCCCAUUUUUCCCUGCGACCAGGAAUCAUUGUCCAGACUGGAAACAGAGAACAAGAGCCUGAAGGAAUAUUCCCUGUCUGGUAAUGGCAACAGUCAGUCCCUAGGAAAUGUGGCCUGCAGCCAGGAGCUGGAGUACCUCCACAAGGUUGUGGACACACUUAAGAGUACCGUCAUGGAGCAGCGUUAUUUUCUGUUAAACAUGAGUAAGUUUUCAAAAGCGGUGUCCAGGGCAUUAUGGACAUCUCAACGCAACAAUGACUGACAGGCUGAAUAUGACUUUGACUAUAGGUAGUAGAGUGAAAAUGACUUUGACCAUAUGUCUCAGACUGAAUAUGUCUUUGACUCUAGGUAUCAGGCUGAAUAUGACUUUGACUAUAGGUAGUAGACUGAAUAUUAGUUUGACUAUAGGAAGAAGACUGAAUAUUAGUUUGACUAUAGGUAGUAGAAUGAAUAUGACUUUGACUAUAGGAAGUAGACUGAAUAUGACUCUAUUGGUAGUAGACUGAAUAUGACUUGACUAUAGGAACUAGACUGAAUAUGACUCUCGUUAGUAGACUGCAUAUUACUUGGACUAUAGGUAGUAGACUGAAUAAGAUUCUAUCGGUAGUAGACUGAAUAUGACUUUAGGUAUUUUGACUAAAAACUUGCAAUCUCUGCUACCUAACUCUUCUGUUCUUAACACAAGUGGUUUUUUUUUUUAAAAAUAAUUUUUAUAUAAAUUUCUUAGAUCCUCAUAGAAGAACUAUUUUGUUCAUCUGUCAUCACCACUGCUGCCUUUAAUAAAAGUAUAACACUGCUCCUCUAGUGCUACUUUUAACUAAUAUGUAACCAGUGUCACAGUUGUGUCUUGAUUACAGUCCAAUAUUCUUAAUUAUUAAUGGAUAACCUGCUAUGAAAGCAGGAGACAAUGAAGAUAAUCUCAUCACCAUUUAACUGUUAUUGACGUUGACAUGAAGAUUCUCAAUAUAAAAUAGGUUUAAAAAUUGGAAUAAAAUAAUUGUCAUGAUCUCACAUGCGUCAUACACUUCAUAAUCCAAACGGAUACACAAUAGUUGUUCCAAUUCUAUGAGAUAUAUUCUUAAAUCAAAUCAAGAGCAAAUUCACAAUACAAGUGCACAUUUCUCCAUGCUCGAUCUCAUUCCUCAACUGCCUUCCUUUUCCUCCGCGCAUGACAUUUAAAACUUUAUCUCACUACUAAAAAUAACGAAGAAAUCUAUUCUUAUAAUUAUGGAGAGGUUACAAAAAGUCUAGUACUAAUCAUUUUAAAAAGAAAAAAAACCUUCACGCAUCUUUUUUACUUGUUUCAGGAUCUCCAAAUAGUUUGAGUGGAAAGAAUGGAACUCCCCCACAGUCAGCCAAUGCUACUGGAGGACCCUCUGGGAAUACCUCAGAAUGGUCAAACACUGUUGGCCGGGAGUCUCCCGGCAUUAAAUCCAGGCAGCCGCUUCAGUCGGCAGGGCCGGGGGAUGCAGCAGUUCAGAGAUUUCUACCACCCACUCAACCGCCCACACUGAGACAGUCAACACCUGAUUUGACCAACAGAGUUGAGUCUGGAAAUAAUGUGUGGGAGGUCAGAUCGUCGCCGACGCAUAAAGGAAGCAGUGUGAAGCAGAUGCCCGCGGCCAGCGGAGGGCUACUAGAAAUGACAGGUGAUGGGCCUGAGCCUGGCAAUAUGGAUACUCUGAAAUCACAGAAUGCCUAUUCUAACGGCAUGGCUAGAAACCUGAGUAGACCCACUGGAACUGAUUCGCAGAAACCUCCACAAAAGUCAUCCAAUGGAAUGCAAGCCAUGGGAGAUUCUGGUAGAUUACCCAUUGAUACCACUGGCUACGUACCAAUGCUUUCACCCCGCCAUUACAAAGCAACACAGUCAGAAAUCUUGAGCCGCAGGAUAGCGGAGGAGCAGUCUAACCAGAACUUCCUUCGCAGCAAGUCGGCCACCAUUGCCCACAAUCCUGAAAAACAAAACCAAGGAGAGUUGCAGAAACAACAGAUCUGGCCAGUUAAGCCGGAUCAACCCUUGGCCAGGGAUCAGCUCAGCCAUGACAUGGUUCAGCUGGGUGCUAGUGCCACCACUGCCCCAUCCCACAUGCCAGUCAAUGAGAGCAAGUGGGAAGCCUCUAAGCAUGGUGUUGAUGAGCAACAAGAGAACAUGUAUAGAAGCUACGAGAAUAUGAAGAGUCCAAUUAUACAGCAACAGAAAUCUCAGCUGGAUUCCUACAGGCAAGGCCAGCAAUUGUUGAACUCCGGUAGGGCCUUGAAAGUUGACACAUUGAUCGCUGCCCCAACAGAGGGUAAUAAUGUCGCGCAGCCCCGGCCCCCUGCCCACAGGCUGCGUUCUCAAUUGAUGGACCCCAGCCGAGGUCUGUACAUUAACACUGUUGAUCAGGUCCCAGCUGAAAGUCUGGCCCUGGUGGAUCCCGACCAGCCACGGUUGAAUUCUGAUAAACUCUGUCCUGUGUGCAAUAAAGAUUUCAGCCGUGUCAGCAUGGAGGACUUCCAGACACACGUCUUUAAGUGCUUUGAUGAUGAGAAUGCACCAGAGACCAUGAAACCCCAGGAGACCUCAAGGGUUUGUCCAAUGUGCAGCAAGAGCUUUGACUGCAACACCCCACAGGUUGAGUACGAGAAACAUGUCCACAGUCACUUUGGGGAGGACGGACCGGGAGAGCAUUUUGAAAUAUUACAACCUUCAUUCUGAAAAAAAAAAUAUUCUAAAAACCAUGCAAUGUUUUGUUUGUCUCAGAGCGGAUUAAACCAGUGCUUUACCCAAUGGAUAAUUGAUCAUAUGUACCUUUAUUUUGACUCAAAACAAAACUUAACACUUUGGACUGGAUUAAUUUCAUUUAGUGACAUCUGUUCUGUUUAAAGCAAUUAAUUUAGUUUAGGACUAGUGAGGUUUCCUUCACUGUUUGACUACUCGGCUGUUAUAAUAAUUUAAGAGUUUAAAUAAGUGCUUUCUAAACUAUGUGUUGGGACACACGAGUGUGUUGCCUGCUGGGGUGUCGGUGUGUCACGCAAAAAUAAGCCAUACCAUGCAAUUUUUAAACAAAGGAGCUGAUCAGACAUUUUGAUUUGUGUAUAUUUUAUAAUUAUUCUUAAGAGCCGAAUCAUUUUUUUAAAUUUUUUUUUAAAUAUUGCACAUAUUUCCUAUUUUUACAUGUAACGAAAAAAGCAUUCACACAAAUCUUGGAAACUUAUGUUAUUAUUAAACAAAUCACAUAAUAAUAUUCGUAUAGUAUCAAUGAAAAUGAAAGGUUCUCAUGAGAUGUGUUGUGCCACAAUGCACUACAAAAUUAACCUUUAUGUUUGUGUCCAUAUGUUUUAAAAUGGGUCAAUAGACCACCAAGUAUUUUAGUAAAGCUGAAAUACUGUGUCACCAAAUGAGGAAAUGUUUCACCAAAUGAUGUGCUGUGUCACCAAAUGAUUUGUGUGUCACCAAAGUGAAACGUUUGAAAAGCAUUGGUUCUCUUAAAAAAUUCUUGUGCCGGGUCAAAUUAGUCGUGCCAACAUACAACGAGUGACCAGUGGUGCCAACAUUCAGUGAGUGACCAGUAAUUUGAUCAAAAAUGAAAAUCUUGAUUUCGGUAUCAAUUAUGGAGAGUUGAAAAAGGAAACAAAAAAAAUGUGAUGUCCUAGUUCCCAAACAGUGAUGAGAACUAAACUUUAAAAAGUUCCCUCUGAAACACAGGUAUCAGAAAUGUGAUGUCCUAGUUCCCAAACAGUGAUGAGAACUAAACUUUAAAAAGUUCCCUCUGAAACACAGGUAUCAGAAAUGUGAUGUCCUAGUUCCCAAACAGUGAUGAGAACUAAACUUUAAAAAGUUCCCUCUGAAACACAGGUAUCAGAAAUGUGAUGUCCUAGUUCCCAAACAGUGAGGAGAACUAAACUUUAAAAAGUUCCCUCUGAAACACAAGUAUCAGUUCAUGACUUUUAUAAUUAUUCAUUUAACACUAGGCACAUUAAAUCUGUUCAGCCCAUUUGUUAUUACUUAGACAACACUAGAUGCAACUCAACCCACCUGUUAUCAUCCAUACGCUAGUAUAGGACUAACUCAAUCAUCAUUUAUACGACACUAGUAUUGGUUUCAGCUGAUUAUUAUCAUUUAUAUAACACUAGCAUUGUUUUCACUCAAUCAUCACCAUUUAUAUAAUACUAGUAUUGGUUUCACCCAGUCAUCAUUUUACUAUUAAUGCUAUUGUACAACAGCCACUGAAAUGUUGUGAAGUACUGAACUUUGAAGUUUGUUAUUAAAAUAAAUGAAUCCUCUUAAAUUAAAACAAACCAUCAGUUCCAAAUAAGAACUAAAGACUUAGAUAUUUCUAAGCUUUUUUUUUUUUUUUAGUAAAUAAUUUGCAUUAGCCAGUUACAGAAUUGUUUGAAUUCAAAAAAGUACAUGAAGUUGAUAAAUCAUCAAAAAUUGUAUACCUGUAACAUUGACACAAUCAUCAAACAAUUGUACAACAGCCACUGAAAUGUUGUGAAGUACUGAACUUUGAAGUUUGUUAUUAAAAUAAACUAAUCCUCUUAAAUUAAAACAAACCAUCAGUUCCAAAUAAGAACUAAAGACUUAGAUAUUUCUAAGCUUUUUUUUUUUUUUUAGUAAAUAAUUUGCAUUAGCCAGUUACAGAAUUGUUUGAAUUCACAAAAGUACAUGAAGUUGAUAAAUCAUCAAAAAUUGUAUACCUGUAACAUUGACACAAUCAUCAAACAAUACAUACCAGUAAAGUUGAAAAAAUCAGCUCAAUGUUGCUGUUAAAAAUUAGAAAUUUCAAUGAAAGGUUAUUUUG